AUGAUGCUUCCCUAUCUCUUGUUAGCUGCUGUGCAGCUCUUCGGCCCAACAUCUGCUCUGACAUAUCGCGGCGCUGAUAUUUCUUCUCUUCUUGUUGAAGAAGAUGCGGGGGUCUCAUACAAGAACACCGACGGCACCUCGGAAAAGCUAGAAGCCAUCAUCGCAGCUAGCGGUGUCAACUCCAUUCGCCAACGUAUCUGGGUAAACCCCAGCGAUGGAACAUAUGAUCUGGACUAUAACGUCGAACUUGCGAAGAGGGUACAGGCCCAGGGAAUGGGCACUUACCUCGACCUGCAUUUGAGCGAUACAUGGGCCGAUCCGAGUAAACAGGGUACACCUUCCGACUGGUCCACAACAGAUAUCGACACCCUAACCUGGCAAGUCUACAACUAUACGCUGGAAGUAUGCAACACAUUCGCAGCAAACAAACUCGACGUCGACAUAAUCUCAAUCGGCAACGAGAUCCGCAACGGACUCCUCUGGCCCCUCGGCAAAACAAGUAGCUACAGCAACAUUGCCAGAAUCCUACACUCCGGCGCCUGGGGCGUAAAAGACUCCAAUCUCCCCACAAUCCCUAAAAUCAUGAUCCACCUCGACAACGGCUGGAGCUGGUCCGACCAGUCAUAUUUCUACGAUCAAGUGCUAGCAUCCGGUUCUGAGCUCGUAUCCUCGGACUUCGACUACAUCGGCGUCUCCUUCUACCCGUUCUACGACUCAAGCGCGACGCUCGCGUCGUUGAAGACGAGUCUCGCAAAUCUGUACGCCACGUACGGGAAACAGACGCUCGUUGUUGAGACGAACUGGCCGUUUUCUUGUUCCAGUCCGGCGUAUGCGUUCCCGGAGGAUCUUAAGGGUAUUCCAUUCUCGGUGGUCGGGCAGCAGACUUUCCUGCAGAGGCUUGGUGAUGCAGUGCAGAGUGUUGAGGGUGGACUGGGGGUUUAUUAUUGGGAGCCUGCUUGGGUUGAUAAUGGUGGACUUGGGAGUAGUUGCGAGGAUAAUUUGCUUUUUGCUUGGUCGGACGAUCGGGCUAGGGCCAGUUUGAGUACGUUGGGGAAUUUGUAG